GGCACAGCAAGUUUGGGUAACUUUUUUUGGCUCCUCUUGUGAUGUCAGUGUGUGGAAGAGUCCUCAUAUGGUAAUACCAUUUUAUAGCAUUGUUCUCGUAAACCGCUAUCGAUUGGUUAGAUGCUGCAUGACAGAUUCAGAUGUGUGGGUGUUUUCAGCAUAUUUAUAACAGUGAAGGAGAUUAUCGAGGGCAGACAAGACCACUCAGGCUCCGAGGGCUGUUAUUAAACAUUUCCACACAGACACGCACAGUGAAGAGUACUGCUGCCAACUGCACUGAAACAUCAACGCUGAAGGCAAAAUGGACAGCAUUUGCAAUAAAAAAUAUUUCUCUGUGUCAAAUGAAAAUGAUGAAGAUAUAGACCUUGACACAUGGAUACCUCCGGAUGCUGAUCUGAUCCAAAAGAUGGUCUCUCAGAUUGAAUAUUACCUCUCUGAUGAGAAUUUGGCUAAGGAUGCUUUCCUUUUAAAGCAUGUCAGAAGAAAUAAGAUGGGUUAUGUCAAUAUCAAGCUGCUGACCUCUUUUAAAAAGAUGAAGCAGUUCACAAAAGACUGGCGGGUCACAGCCUACGCCCUCCGGCAUUCAUUAACGCUAGAGGUAAACAAAGAGGGAAAUAAAGUGCGUAGAAUAGAGCCGGUACCAGAGUCCGUCCUCUUUCAGGCACCCAGCAGACUCCUGCUGGUCUGGAACAUCACAGAAUCAAAUCUGACAGAGGACAUGGCACAUGACGCAUCAACACCUCACAAGAGCACCAUGGAAACUGCUAUUGCAAUUCUGGAGCCAUUUGGCACCAUCACCAUGGCUCGGGUCAACCGGCCUGGCAGAGAGCUUCCACCAGAGCUUCAGAAAUACAGCUACAGAUACCCAGAGUUGUUCACUAAGGAGAGCGUACUAGUAGAAUAUGAAGAUCUGGAAGGAGCUGGACGUGCUUACCACCAACUCUUACAGUCUGAAGGUAAUAUGAGAGUACUCCUGGUGGGGAAAGCUUCCAAGAAGAAAGCUGUGGAUGUGGGUUUGGAGGACAGAAGUAACGGGAAGGGGAUCUCCAUCCUGAACCAGCGCAUGCUACAGCUUCAGACUUGUGGUGAAGACUCGUCAGCAUGCAGCUCUUCAGAAUCAGAGUUCGCCUCCUCAUCACCUCUGAGCAUCCCUUGCUUUUUCUCUGGCAAGGUAUGUGGCAGCCCCUUAAGUAGCCCACGUUCCAGCCCCAAAUGUGUCCAUGCCCCCAUGCCAGGCCCUCGCAUUUCACCCCUCUUAGCCUCAGAGCUCUGGGGCAGUCCAGACACAAGUCCAGAUUUGCGAGAGAAACGCAAAUUGUGCGCCAACCAAAACAAAAACAGUCAGACGAAUGAAAAAAGGGCUCUAAAUGGAGACACAGCGCCUCCUGGAGUCCUGCGUCUGCCUUAUGGUCCUGAUGGGAGUAGAGGUUUUCAUGCCAUCCUAGUUAGAAGAAGACUUCAUUAUUCAUUCAAAGUAUAAGUAACCAAUUAUUUGGUUAUAGUAAUCAGUUGUUUUCUAUUUGUGCUGUAAAUUACUUUGUCAUUUGAUUUGCUGACUUCAAAAUGCAAAUGUGUGUGUAAUGGUUCUGUGCUUGUAUCUUAAUAAACAAUUAACCCAUUAGUGAAUUCUUAGCCGUUUCAAGUACAAAUCAAAUUGCUUUCAUUUACAUUGCAGAAAUGAGCACAAUCCCAUAAUUUUUCAACUUUAUACCUCGCAUAGCUUCUUAAUAAGCAUCUACAACCACC